AUGGAGAGCACCGCACAAAUUCCAACGGAUCCCCAGCUCAACACCAGUGAAAAUCGCGAACAUGCAUGCAAUUUUCCCGUCGACUAUGAGAGACAUACGGAUGUGGAAAUGUUAAUCCGUGAGGAAGAUCAUCAACGCACAAGGAAUGGCCAUCGGCCGAUGGCUUCACGUGACGCCGCAUGUGUUACUCUUUCCUGUGCAAUAAAAAUCUCGAUUUGCUGUCUCCUUGUAAUUCUUCAAGAACUGUUCGAAAACCAAGAUAAAUCGGCAAAAGAGUUUCGGGAACUAAUUCGGCAGCACAACAAUGGACUUGCGUUAGCUUCUAUGAUCGCUGAUAUACAAACUUCAAAAGGUCAUGACCCUUAUUGUUUUAAAGUUCAUGGACUGGUGUAUCGUUGUAUGGGAGAUCUCCGACCACCUCCCGGACAACAACACAAGUUUGCUCAAGUUUACAUUCUUGAUUCAAAUGAAACUGCCCAAACACUUACUGAAUCACCUGCAAAUCAAAAAUGUAACAAGACAAUUUUUGAAGUCAUUAUCUGUUCUAUUUUGGGGAGUACAUCAACGAAACAUGGCCGGCGAGCUCGUCGAACUGGAGGGACGGAAGAUGAUUGUGGAGAUUCGGUGAUGUAUUACACUGCGAACUUCCCCGCCUUUUUCUACAUGCCAAUUAACCUUUUCGUUGAUUUAAUUGUUUUAAUGUUGAUGCAUCAACGAUUCCACACGAUUCACAAGGAUCAUUCCCAUUUAUCGAAUUACCAACGAAUCAAAGAUCUGCGCAGGGAAUUCAAGUUAGGAGCUCAAAUGGCCACGAAUUUCUUAAUUACUUUUGUCAUGUUCAUAUCUGAAGCUCUAUUUGGGCUGAUCUCCGCUAAUCCGUUUUCUUUAUUCAUUUUGUGCACAGCGUCUUUACAAUUGAGCACCUUGAUUGCUUGUCUUUCUUAUGUGCUACUUCUUGGUGAAACGCAAAGAAAGGAAAGCUCUAGAAAAGUCUCAACUCUUCAAAACGAUUUA